AGUCCAACUGAGGCCCAAUAAGCAAAAACCUUCUUCUUCCAUUCCACCGUCACCUUUCCCGGACUAUAUAUAACCCGCCCCCGUCAGAGCAUACUUUUCUCCACCCACAAGUUUCCAUCCAUCUUCUAUCCCUAACGAAAUCUCAACGAUCCAAUCAGAAUUCGAAAUGGCUUCCACCGCCUCGUUCCCUCUCUCGUCUCAAUUCCUCGGCGCCGUGAUUCCUCCGCCGCAGCAGCGGCGUGUUUCCUUCCGCCGUCCGGUUUCCGUAUCCGCCUCCUGCUCGACGGCCGAGAGUACUGCCAAUGUCGCCUCGGCGCGUUCUCUGUACGACGUCCUGGGGAUCCGGACGGAGGCCACCGGCCAGGAGAUCAAGGCGGCGUACCGGCGACUGGCUAGGGUUUUGCACCCCGACGUGGCGCCCGGCAGCAUGUCAGAGGAUUUCAUCAGAGUUCACGCCGCGUAUUCCACUCUCUCCGAUCCGGACAAGCGCGCCAGCUACGACCGCUCCCUGUUCCGAUCUCGGCUCUCUGCGGCGGCGGCGGCUACCGCCGGAGGAUAUUCCGUUUUCAGAUCCACUCAUAGGAAGUGGGAGACGGAUCAGUGCUGGUAGCUCUGAAGAAAUUCGUGUCCUGAUUUGAUUUUUAGCUCAGAUCUUAAUACUUGUACAGUAAUCAAUCAACUUUCAUUAAAACCUCCUAAAGCGUUGAAAAUUGAUUGUUUUCUUCACAACUUUUUUCAUCUUGCUUGCAUUCAGGCGUUUAUUUGCAGUCUGAAUUUUUCGUGUAAUGAAUGGGAAUGAUAAAUGUUCAUAGUUUGUGUAGUUAUGAAUGAGAAACAAAUUUGCAAUCUGAUCUGAUAAUUGGUGGAUCAUAUGAUGAAUUGGAUGAAGAUAAACUCUCUGUCUGUCUGAAGAUUCCAAACUCUGAAGAUUGCUCGCUGUUUGAAGAUUCUGAACUUUUUGGACCUCUCAAGGCCUAUGUUGAUUCGUUGAAUUUCAACGUGAAAUAAUUUUGGGUGCCUUUU